GGCUCCUCCCCUCCCCGCCCCUCAAACUCGGGGCGGCUUUUGGGCAUUUCGAGGGCACUUCAGUCGGGGCUCGCCCUCCAACACUACAGGUGCCUUUCAAGUGCUCUCGGGUAGUUUAGAGUUAUGCUAUUUUAAUUUUGGAGUCUAGUAACUUUUUUGAGUUUACGAUGACUUCUGGCGGAGUGAAGCUGUUUAGGCCGUGGGAUACGGAGGAUUCUAGUUGUUCUGCGACGUCGGAAUCACCACCUCCAGACGUUCGCCCGCCGUCAUAUGAGCCGCCCCCGGGGCUGUCUUGGGUCGCCGCCCCCAACGACAACUACUGGGCUUCCCUCGCCGCCUCGUACGACGCCGCCGCCGCCGCUCAGUCCAAGGGACGUCCCAAGAAGUACCGUUGUCCCCACUGCCAUGUAGGGUUUUCCAACAACGGACAACUCAAAGGACACGUCAGAAUACAUACUGGUGAACGACCGUUCAAAUGUGACGCCGAAGGCUGCGGCAAAAGCUUCACAAGGAACGAGGAACUGACGAGACAUAAGAGGAUCCACACAGGUCUUCGCCCCUUUGGCUGUCAAACAUGCGGAAAGAGGUUUGGAAGGAAAGAUCAUCUCAAGAAACACACUAGAACACAUAUACCUGUAGUGCCACACCCAGCGUAUAUUCUAUACCCGUAUCUUUACCCGUAUUGA